AUGCUAGCUUUAGUGAGAGCUGUAAUCCAUGGCGUUCCAGAAACUGCCAAGAUGUUCUCUGCUCAGAACAAGAUCCAAAAGGAUAAGGGUGUGGAACCAACAGAGUUUGAAGAGCAAGUUGCUCAGGCUUUCUUUGACUUGGAGAACACCAACGGGGACUUGAAAAGUGACUUGAAAGAUCUGUACAUUAACCAAGCAGUUCACAUGGAUAUUUCUGGCAGCCGCAAGGCCGUGGUGAUUUUUGUGCCAUUCAGAUUGAGGAAGGCCUUCCGCAAGAUUCAUCCUCGUCUGGUCAGAGAGCUUGAGAAGAAGUUCAGCGGAAAAGAUGUUAUCUUUGUUACCACCAGAAGAAUCAUGCGUCCCCCAAAGAAAGGCUCAGCUGCUCAGAGACCACGCAACAGAACUCUCACUUCCGUCCAUGAAGCAACCCUUGAGGAUGUCGCAUACCCUGCUGAGAUUGUAGGAAAGCGAAUCAGAUACCGUGUUGAUGGCACCAAUGUCAUGAAGGUCUACUUGGAGCCUAAGGAGAGGAACAACACCGAGUACAAGCUUGAGACAAUGAUUGGUGUGUACAAGAAACUGACAGGGAGAGAUGUAGUUUUCGAGUACCCAGUCACAGAAGCUUGA